AUGAAUAACAGAAUUGGACCUGACGAAUCGGUAGUAGUUAAUCCUAAUACGGCACGAUUACAAACAUUAUGUGAAAAUUUUCGAAAAAGAAAAUCAGUUCGGAUAAUAAUUUCGAUUGGUUUUAUUAUUGUAAUUAUAGCUAUGCCAAUUGUUUAUGUGAACGAAACAAAAAGAGAAAAAACAUCAACAAUGGAGAUAACAAAAACAACAACAACAACUACAGAGCUAAUAGCAACAAAGACAACAACAACUACUACCAUCACCACCAACACUACCACCACCACUGCAACAACAACAACAACAACAACAAUAAGUGAGCAAUUAAUUCCUUCUGUUAUCAUUAAUAACAAUACGCAAUGGAAACAAUAUGCAUCUACUAUUGCUGGAGGAAAUGGACUGGGAAAUAAAUUAAAUCAAUUAGAUCUGCCUCGUGGUAUUUAUGUCGACAAUGAUGAUGAUAGUAUUUAUAUUGCUGACACUGACAACCAUCGUGUUGUUAGGUGGGAAUUCGGUGCAAAGAAUGGUACAGUUGUUGCAGGUGGAAAUGGACGUGGAUAUGCAAUAGAUCAAUUGUAUCAUCCAGUAGAUGUAAUUCUUGAUAAAGAGAAGAAAUAUAUCAUCAUUUGUGAUCAAUAUAACUCACGAGUGAUACAAUGGUCACGGCAAAAUAGUCAGAUUCCGCAAGUAUUAAUAGAUGGUAUCGCUUGCUGGGGUUUAGCAAUGGAUAAUAAUGGAGAUCUUUAUAUUUCUGACUCGGGAAGACAUCAAGUCAUACGUUGGCAACAAGGAGAUAAACAAGGUACAAUUGUGGCAGGUGGGCAUGGACAAGGAAAUCGUUUGAAUCAACUCAAUCAUCCUGUGUAUAUCUUUGUUGAUGGAGAUCAUCAUAUUUACGUAGCGGAUGGUGCAAAUAAUCGUGUGGUGAAAUGGAUGAAAAAUGCAACUGAAGGCACUCUUAGUACUCCAGGAAAAGUUUCUCAAGAAAAUCCCAGUUCAAUCUUUCAACUCAUAGGUGUGAUUGUUGAUCAUAAGGGUAAUAUUUAUGUGUCGAAUGCGGGAAGUCGUCAAAUAAAACGUUGGUUGCCGGGUGCAAUAGAAGGUGCACCUGUCCUUGGAGAAAAUCAAUUUGGAAGCGGACCCACGCAGCUCAUCUUUCCUCACGAUUUAUCAUUUGAUCGCAAAGGUAAUCUUUAUGUAGUCGAUGCAGGCAACCAUCGAAUACAAAAAUUUGUUAUUGAUCUUGACUGA